UGACAAGAAGAGUGCGGGAGAGUGGAUUAUGAAGGUUACAAAGGAUCUGCUUUCCCAUGACGCAUCACUGUCUUCUGUUCCCCUACUCAUCACGUUCUUGAAAGCCUACGGAAGACCCUUCCUGGGCCUUCAUACCAAUACAGGACAAGAUACAGGCCCAGAGGAUGAAUCCGAAGAACUAAUCGACAAGGAGAUUCGGGACCGGUUCAAAAGAAUGUGCGAAGGUUAUUACGAGAACGUGGCGAAAAUUCUGGUAAAAGAACAUAAGGCAAGUCGAGCCUCAAGUAUAGUUCGUACAGAUCGUAACCUCAUUAUUAGCGUCUACAAGAACAAGAUAAACGCAACCAUGAAGCCUAUAUCAGGAGAGCGACAACGUGGCGAUGAUCUCGAUAACAUGGGUGUCGGUAGCGGUAGCCAGUGGGAGGACGAAGAGGAGAGGAAAUUCUAUGAAGACAUCAUCGACCUCAAGGACUGGGUCCCACGUUCUUUCUUAAAUAUCCAAGAUGGAGAGACGGAAAGCGUCCCACAAGAACAAGUCGACACCGAAACCUCUGAUAUUGAUAGGUUGAUGGAGGGCACUGACGAACCAGAAGAGGGAACGGAAUACGGCUUUAGCGAGCCGGAAAGUCGACCAGUGUCACCCUCCACAAAUGGUGACCCCGUUGUUGCCCCAGGACCCUCUCAAGUGCUUACAGGUAUUAUGGGCAAGCUACCAGAGGCAACCAGUCGAGAUGCUAUAGAUCAGGUUGCUGUCGAUUUUAUCUACGUGAAUUCCAAGGCAGCUAGGAAACGACUUGUCAAGUUCCUCGUCACUUCUCCGAAACAAAGGACUGAUUUGAUUCCGUAUUAUGGCCGUCUCGUUGCCACCAUCAGUAAAUACGCUCCAGAUCUGGCGAAGGAAACCUUGGUGGCGGAAGGUCGUAAAGGAGCUUGCAAAUUCAAGAGCGAGGUGUUUUUGGAUGAUCUGACCGGAACCAAUGUUGAUGGACUGGCCGCUCUGUUGGAAGGCUGUGGUAGAUUCCUUUUGCGCGGAGCAGAUACAGGAGAAAAGACGGCAUCAAUGGCAAGUUCUUCGUAUACUCUUCAAAAUGUUUUCCAAGCCGUGGAAAUCGGUAUGGAACAGAAUCUGUACAAACAAAAUCAAAAGAGAAUCGCUACAGUCAAGUACCUUGGGGAGUUGUACAUCUACCGUCUCGUGAAUUCAAGGGUCAUCUUUGAUACUCUAUGGAGUCUAGUGACAUUUGGACAUCACGAAGGAAGACCCCUACCUGGCCAAAUUUCGCCGAUAGAUGCACCAGACGACUUCUUCCGCAUUCGCCUCGUGUGCACAUUGCUCGACGCGUGUGGAAUGUGCUUUGAUCGUGGAUCCUACAAACGUAAAUUGGACCGUUUCCUCACAUUCUUCCAGAAUGAUUUACCCAUGGAUGUGGAUUUCAUGCUGACUGAUACUAUGGAGCAACUUCGCCCCAAGAUGUCCCUCUUCAAAACCUUUGAGGAAGCUGCCGCUGUUGUCGACGAAAUGUUUGAGAGUAUCAAGGUUGAUGCGGAUGACAGUGGAGAUGAAAGCGGAGAUGAUGACGAACGUCCAGAAGUGGAAGAAAAUGAAGAAAACAACGUCGACGAUGAGGUAUCCGACCGCCCCAACUCUCCGGAUCAUCUUGAUGCUAGCAGACCUUCUCAGGGACCGACCGAAGAAGAAGCGGCAGACUUUGACAAGGAGUUUUCCAAGAUGCUCUCGGAUGCAGCGGCGGAUUCCAAAAAAGUUGACAAGAGGGCCGUCCUUUCAGCAUGGGAAACUGGCGUUGCUAUGAGUGGAGGACUAGCAAGACGCAAGAAGGAGAGACAAGACGAGCCUCAGGCCCCAUCCGACAUGAUGCGGUUUACGGUGCUCUCCAAGAAAGCCAACAAGAACCCGACUCGAGAGUUAGAGAUACCCACUUCGUCCGCCAUCGCUGCGCAUACCUUGUCUGCCCAGAUGGAGAGCAAGCAGGAGCAGGAACAACUCAAGCGACUCGUGUUGGACUAUGAACACAGAGAAGAGCUGGCGGAAAUGAGAGAUGUUGGAUGGGCUGCAAGGAAUCUAUUCCAAUCAUUAUAUCUGUUCAUCGAAAAGGUCACAUCCACCGCGCUCACCAGAUACAAGAGUACCUCUGCAACCAUAGAGGGAGAGAUAAUCGAGCAAGAGGGAGACAAGCAUGUGAACGAUCCCAACGCGACGCGCAUCUACAAACAAGUUCGUCACCAACACACUGUGGUCAACGAUGAUAAGUUAAAAGUUGAUUUAGAAAGCGCCCUCGUUCAACCAGUUCCAUUCAUCAGCGCUAGUGACGCCAAUGUCAAGGGUGGAUUCUUGAUGGGGAGAGGAGGAAGGUAA